AUUCAACCAAUAACUCAUACAUACUUAUGAAAAUGAUCAGAUCACCAAAUCAUCAGCUUCAAUAUCUCCUCUUCAUCUUUGCAACUUCACUUCUUUGCUUCAAUAAUUUCUGCGAUGGAAAAAAAGUGAUGAUGGAGUACAUCGGAGCGACAGGCAUUCCGGUUACCUUUGACAACGUCCCAAUCUUUGACGAUAUCGACUUCCAUUUCAUCCUCAGCUUCGCCAUUGAUGCAGAUCCCUCUGCCAAUCCUCAAAAUGGGAAGUUCUCUCCAUAUUGGGAGCCCUCCCUAACCCCAGAGUCAGUUGCAGCCAUUAAAGCCCAACACCCCAACGUCAAAGCCCUAGCCAGCCUCUCCGGUUGGAGCCUCGACAACAUCGUCCUCCGGUGGCGCAACCCUCCAGACCCUAACCUUUGGAUCUCCAAUGCCUUCUCCACUCUCCAAGACCUUGUAAACAAAUACCACCUCGAUGGCAUCGACGUCGACUACGAGAACUUCCCAAGACACGGCUCCAACUUUGCCUUUUGCAUUGGUGAGCUCAUAACACUAUUGAAGAACCAAAGCGUGAUAUCGGUAGCCACAAUUGCACCAUAUUACUCAACAGUUUUGCCGUACUUGGAGCUCUUCCAUGGCUAUGGGAAGGUGAUUGAUUUUGUGAACUACCAAUUUUAUACUGAUAAGGUGACAACUCCGGAGGCAUACUUGAAGAGAUUUGAGAUUCGAGCUAAGGAGUUUGGAAGUGCGAAGCUGUUACCGAGCUAUGAGGUGAAUGGAAGAGGAAUUCAAGGGGAUGCUUUUUUUGAAGCUUUGAGUUUGUUGGAUGAAAAUGGAUUUGAUGUUAAUGGAGUCAUGAUCUUCUCUGCAGAUGCUUCCUUGUCCAAUGACUUCCUUUUUGAGACUAAAUCUCAACAAUUUUUACUUAACUCAACUCCCUCGUAAAUUCCAAAAAUCACACUUAAAAACGAUAAGACGUCUUAUAUAUUCAAUUAUAGCUAUAGGGGAAUUGUAUAAGGUGAAUAAAACUAUUUAUGUAACUCAUAAUCUACUAAAAGCAUUAAAUAUUAUUUGCACGCA